GGUCUUCGCGUAAAGACGCGUGCACGCAAGUACACUGCUCAAUAGGAUUCUCUUGAUUAUCGCGACCUGCAGAAGAGACGUGAAGGUUGUUUUUUUAUCUAUCCAUCCUGGCAGCGCGCAGGUGAACUUUCAUCGGGCUUUUCAACUGCGACCUGCAGUUUAAGAGAAAAGCUUAAAGGGCAGGCGUGAAUCUAGAAACGCGACAGGGAAGAACAACGACUCCCCGGCACUUCGGAAGAAAGCUCAGUGCCAUGGCUACUCAGAGCAGGUAAACAUCGCGGAAGCUUGAGAAGUCUGUGUCAAACCGGCGCCACUAGCCUGGAAGCCACUGGCCGAGUAGAUAACCUGUUGUUAUUCAUAACCUGUCGCGUUGAACCGUCGGCAAAUCUGUCUGUUGACGUCCGUGUUGGUCCGAAGAAGGAAGGACGCGUUGCCGUCACAAAAGUGAGACCUUUAGGGGUUUCUCUCUACGUGCAUUCGUCAAGCCCGAUAAUUUGUGAGGCCAGCUAGCACCGUGAAGCUUUAGGGAGGAUUUACCCACUCGUGUCACGGGAAGCACUGCAAAAGUAACAAGCAUUGUUCAUCCUGCUCGUCUCAGUACUAUACAUGUGAAGAAGUCGCAGCUCUAAUUCGCUGUAGUCAGUUAACCAACCGCUAGCAAAGUCUCCGGUCUCGACAUCGUGCCGUCUAGGUCCGCGAGACGAGCCACGGAUACGCUUGAAAAGUAAGCCUUCCUCCGAACGAACGAUCACUUCAACGAAUCGUGCUCUCUCUGCAGUUAGCAUACAUAAUCCUCGCUGCGGUCAUCUGCAUAGUCGAGAGUUUGUAACUGGUGCAUCAGGAUUCGCUACGUAAUAUGGCACAAGGCAUGCGUCUCCGCUCUGUGUAGGGUAGGUCACGAAGUCUUGACAUAGUACUAUCUCCGAGGGUGAGUGCGCCAAGGAGCUAAAUUACCUAUAGAGACAGGGCAUUAGACGCAAAUAAAAGGGCGACCCAAGCGGUUCGUCGAGCAGCACAAGUACCAUGGCAGCGACAGUGCACGUGGCCGAGUACGUGGUGUUCGGCGUGCUCAUGUUGUCGAACCUUCUGGUCGGCCUGUACUUCUCGUUCGGCCAACGAGCUCGGGACGGCGGCACUAGCGAAGCGUUCCUGGGGGGUCGCAGCCUGGGUGCGCUUCCUCUGUCCCUCUCUGUCCUCGCGUCUCUGGUGACAGCCGUCGGCGUGGUCGGCCUGACGGCGCACUUCUACCGCUACGGGCUGCACCUGCUCUGGGCUUCGGUCACCGUCUUCUGCCUGGUGCCGUUCAUCGCUCGCGUUGUGGUGCCCGUCAUAUACAGGCUCAGGGUCACUUCCGUAUUCGAGUACCUGCGGCUCCGCUUCGGGAACAAGGUCGGAGUCACUGCGUGUGCCUGCUACUUCGUCUUGAACCAAAUGCAAGGAGCAAUCAGCAUCUUUGCGGCGGGAGUCGCCGUGUCUAUGUCAUUUCACAUGCCGCUUGUGUGGAGCUGCGUGGCCAUCGGUUUCGCUGGCACCCUUUACACAGCGAUGGGUGGUCUCCGUGCCGUGGUGUGGGCUGACGCCGUGCAGGGCGUGCUCAUCCUCGUCUGCCCGCUAACCAUCCUGGUGAAGAUCCUGUACGACUCCGUCUACGAUGCCUCGGCCAACGCGUCAGCGGCCAGGCGCCCCUUCAGCGACAUCGACAUAAAGCCGUACAUCUUCCGGGCGAGCCUGGACUUCACCACCGACGAGAACGUGUGGGCGUGCUCAGUGGGCCUGCUGUCGGGCCACAUCUACCGGAUGGGCAUGGAUCAGAUGGUGGUGCAGCGGUAUGCAGCUGCCAGGUCGCUGCCAGAAGCGCAGAGGACGGUGAUGGCAGGAAGCGUGCUACUGGUGGUAUCUACCACCUUCCUGGCAGUCGUGGCCAUGGCUCUGGUCUACUGGUACCGCGAUUGCGACCCUAUACUAUCUGGCACCAUCCACAAGAUCGAACAGCUGAUUCCCCUCUACGUGCACACGAGGCUGUCUGGCAUUCCUGGCUUCUCGGGACUAUUUCUCACCGGUGUCGUGAGUGCCACGCUCAGUACCGUGACCUCCGCCGUGAAUUCCCUCGCGGCUACCGCCUACGUGGACAUGAUGGCUCCCUACAUGAGGAUUGAAGAACGCUGGGUCAACGUGAUCACCAAAGGACUGGCCUUUGCCUCCGGACUCCUGAUGACUCUACUGGCGCUGGCUAUCCCGUACAUUGGUUCUGCUGUGCGGGUAUUCAUGGUGAUGCACAGCAGCGCUUCGGGACCGUUCAUCGGCAUCUAUCUGCUGGCACUGGCUUUCCCGUGGGCCAAUACAAAGGGCGUCAUGGUGUCGGCGUCUCUUACCACGGCCUUCCAGCUGUGGGUGCUGACGGGCAAGCUCUUCAACGGCGUAAAACCAGCUGCCAUGCCGAUGACGCUCGACCACUGCCCCGGAAAUGCCACGGUGCUCGCCGCUACCUUCGCAUCAAAGAUGGCAGCCGCUGCAGCCGCCAACAAGCGCGAUAUCUUCCCGCUCUACCUGCUGUCCAGCUACUGGAGCGGCCUCAUAGCUGCCGUGAUGACCAUCGCCAUUGGACUCACAGUCAGCGCCGCCACAGGAGGCAACAAGAACACUGCGAAACACAUCCCCCUCACCAGUGAGGUCUUCCUCCAACUCUGGGCUAAGGUAAAGCUUCUCAAGGAGCCCGAAGAGGAAAAAGCGCAAAAAGAGCCCCUCAAACUCAUCAACGUAUCGGAAUUGGGGGCAACACCUUUCGCAUAGAACGGAUCUUUUAAUCUCUCUAGACCUACCCAGACUGACCGGAGGAAGCUCGCUAAGUUCAGACAAAGGGUGCAGAGAAAAGUUUUUGACGCAGAACUUUGUGCGCAUAAGAUUCAGUGAGGCAAUCUGAAAGACAAAGUUCACUGACAAUAAGGCUAAAUUUUCGCAGAUGCUAAACUUAGGCUUUCGCAACGCGAUAUAUUUAUCAUAGCAGAUCGACACACGCGUAAUGUAAGUUAAUUAUACGAUAAAAAUACGUUAACGACUUUGCAACUUUAAUUAAGCAUUAUACGCACCUUUAUUCAUAAAGUGGCGUUUAUUUUUAUAAAAGCACGCACAACAGAGUGUCACGAAGUCUUCCAGCGCAGUAGGGUCCUUUAUAGCUGGGCUCUUCAGACGUAUGACUACAUGAAACGAUUGCAAAAAGUUUAGUGGGUGUCUGAUAUCUACCUCGGUAGCGGUCUCGGAGUUGGUGUCGCAUUUUAAGACUACUUGUGUGAUGUUCUUCCUUCAAUUUUUAUUAUAUAAACACGAAGCUUUCAUCUGUUCUUAGGUUCAUUCCCUCUCAUAGUCAUAAACAUCAUCGGUACGCCACCGCCAGCACCAGUGUGAAUGCAAGGAUAAUGAAAGUACCCAGGUUACUUAAUAUAAUGUUCCUCUGGAUUGCAUGCAACCCUGCGAGAAUAUUUAAAGUGGUACAUAACCUUCAGCGCCAGUGUAAGUGCAAGGAUAAUGAAAGUACCCAGGCUACUUAAUAUUAUCUUCAUCUGGGAUUGCAUGCAAUUGUGCGAGAAUAUUCAAAGCUGCAACUUCAAGCUGUCUGCUGUUAAAUAUAGUGGAUCUGACAGAACGAAAAGACAUUUCCAAGCAAGAAGUGCACUCGGAAAAUUUUGCACAGAUCUGUUGCUUAUGGUCAUCUCUUCAUUCCCCACAUAUUCAUAGUCAAAGGUAAUUAACCAUGGCAAAUAAAGUAUGCAAAUUGGACUAAAACGACCUUGUUGUUUUUCCGUUGUUCUUGUCCUUUUACUUUAGUUUAUAAUAAAGCAAAACCUAUGCGAGGUACACCUUGGGAAGUCCUCGGCGUUGUAUGGUAGAGUUGUUAAUAAGUAAAAUAUAUAUCGUCAUUUCACGUGAAAGAAUCUUUUCUAAAAAUCCCUGGAUACCUGGGGAGCGUUAAGCAGAUAAACAUCUGAGACGGCAAACAACUGCGUAGCGCCACUCAACUUAUUUUACUUAGUAGUUUACGGCGGCAUGCCUUGUGCAUUGCGCG